GCUUUCGCAUAUGCUAUCGACUAUUAUUCACUUUCAUAGACGAGCAGGGUCAACGCCAAUAUUCCAAGCAAAUCUUUUGCUUGAUCAUUUCUUUCGUAAACUUCAUCGUUAUCAUCGGGAUAAUUGCGGAAGAUGACAUCAAGUAACUACGAUGAUGAUAGGGAAGCUUCUAAUUCUAGUAAUAUCAAGGGUAAGGUUGAUCCAGCAAAACCAGGAUCUCUUACUUGGAAGAGGAAACUGAACAGUGAGGCAAAUCCCCUUUCAGAGUUUGGGUUAAGGUUCAAAGAAGUAAUCCAUCUGGCACCAAUAGGAUAUCGCUUAUGGCGUACCAUAAGAGAUGCUUCAAAGGGAAAAGGAAAUGGAGCUUUUGUUGAUCCUUUCAAGAAACGCCAUUUUUCUUCUUGUAAUGGUGUUCCUUUAGGUGGUAUUGGUGCAGGUAGCAUCGGAAGGACAUAUAAAGGCGAAUUUUUGCGUUGGCAACUCUUUCCUAAAAUAUGUGAAGACAAACCAGUAUUAGCAAACCAAUUUUCAGUGUUUGUAUCACGACCAAAUGGAAAGAAGUAUUCGACUGUUCUCUGUCCACCAAACCCAGAAAAAGAUAGUUCAGUUCAUGGGAUUGGAUCUUGGGACUGGAACUUUAGUGGACACAGUUCUACAUACCAUGCAUUAUACCCAAGGGCUUGGACAGUGUAUGAUGGUGAACCUGAUCCAGACCUGAAAAUAGUUUGUCGUCAGAUUUCGCCAGUCAUCCCCCAUAAUUAUAAGGAAAGCAGUCUUCCUGUAGCAGUAUUUACUUUCACGCUGUCAAACUCAGGAAAGACUGCUGCAGAUGUCACCUUGCUAUUCACAUGGGAGAAUUCUGUUGGUGGACCCUCUGGAUUAUCUGGUCAUCACUCCAAUUCAAAGAUGACGGUGAAAGAUGGCAUUCAUGGUGUACUCCUACAUCAUAUGACUGUGGAUCGCCAACCCCCAGUAACCUUUGCUAUUGCAGCACAAGAAACAAAUCAUGUCCACAUUUCAGAGUGCCAGUCGUUCGUGAUAUCUGGAAACACCCAGGGCUUCACAGCAGAAGACAUGUGGCAUGAAAUUAAAGAGAAUGGCUCCUUUGAUCGCCUUGAUUCCUCUCAACUACCAAUGGUCUCAGAACGGGGCUCCUCUAUAGGUGCAGCUGUUGCAGCUUCUCUGACCAUACCAUCUGAGGCAGUGCGUACCGUUACAUUCUCGCUGGCAUGGGACUCUCCAGAAGUAGUCUUUCCAACCAGGACUUACCACAGGCGUUACACCAAAUUUUAUGGUUCUCAUGGGAAUGCUGCAGACAAAAUUGCACAUGAUGCUAUUCUUGAACAUGGUAACUGGGAGGACCAGAUAGAAACAUGGCAGAGGCCUAUCCUUGAAGACAAGAGGCUUCCUAAAUGGUACCCAAUCACUCUUUUCAAUGAAUUAUACUAUCUCAACUCAGGAGGGACAAUUUGGACUGGUAAACCCAAUCUUUGUACAUCACAUUUAUCAAAUGAAACCAGCUCAAGUUCAUCAUCUAUGUUUGCAGAUGGACUACCUCCAGUACACAAUUUAUCAAGCAUUGGGGGAAGAAAGUUCUCAAUUGAUAGAUCUAACAUGGAUUUUCAGAACAAUGGUGAUAUAUCUCAUCAAGAUGACACUGCUGUUAACGUUCUUCAAAGAAUGACUUCAGUACUUGAGGAGAUCCAUGAACCAGCAUCAAAGAACUCGGCAUUUGGCACAAAUCUUCUGCAAGAAGGAGAAGAAAACAUUGGCCAAUUUCUCUAUUAUGAGGGAAUAGAGUAUCAUAUGUGUAACACAUAUGAUGUCCAUUUCUAUGCAUCCUUCGCCUUAAUCAUGCUAUUUCCCAAACUUGAACUCAGUCUCCAGCGAGACUUUGCAGCUGCUGUGAUGAUGCAUGAUCCCAGGAAAAUGGAUAUUCUAUGUGAUGGAACUUUGGCCUCAAGAAAGGCCCUUGGUGCAGUUCCACAUGACAUUGGGAUGAUUGAUCCAUGGUUUGAUGUUAACUUCUAUAAUAUCUUCAAUACAGACCAGUGGAAAGAUCUGAACCCAAAAUUUGUCCUGCAAGUUUACAGGGAUGUGGUUGCCACAGGAGACAAGAAUUUCGCACGAGCUGUUUGGCCCUCCGUUUAUAUUGCAAUGGCUUUCAUGGAGCAGUUUGAUAAAGAUGGUGACGGGAUGAUUGAAAAUGAAGGCUUCCCUGAUCAGACAUAUGAUACAUGGUCUGUCUCAGGUGUCAGUGCAUAUUCUGGUGGACUAUGGGUAGCAGCAUUGCAGGCUGCCUCUGCAAUGGCACGUGAAGUUGGCGACAAGGAUUGCGAGGAUUACUUUUGGGCAAAGUUUCAGAAAGCAAGGACCGUGUAUGACAAGCUAUGGAAUGGUUCUUACUUUAAUUACGAUGACAGUAAUGGGAGAGGAAGUUCAUCUAUCCAAGCUGAUCAGUUGGCUGGCCAAUGGUAUGCUCGAGCAUGCGGCCUUUUUCCCAUUGUUGAUAAAGAGAAGGCCAGAAGUGCACUAGAGAAGGUCUAUAACUUCAAUGUAUUGAAAGUGAAGAACGGUAAGCGUGGAGCUCUUAAUGGGAUGCUACCCAGCGGAGAACCUGAUAUGUCAUCCAUGCAGUCGAGAGAAAUAUGGACUGGAGUUACUUAUGCUGUUGCUGCAGGCAUGAUUCAUGAAGACAUGAUUGAUACAGCUUUCCAAACUGCAAGUGGAGUGUAUGAGACUAGUUGGUCCAAAGAAGGACGCGGCUAUGCUUUCCAAACCCCAGAAGCUUGGAACAUAGAUGGGCAUUACAGGUCUCUGGCAUACAUGCGGCCUUUGGCAAUCUGGGCAAUGCAGUGGGCACUAUCACAACCCAAAACGCCGAACCAGGAACCAAAGCCAGAGGUAAAUCCUGAAUCUCUCUUUAAGCAACACGCUGGAUAUACAAGGGUGGCUCGUCUUCUGAAGCUGCCAAAAGAGCAAGAUUCCAGAGGCAUCUUGCAGAUUCUUUUCGACUACACUUGCAAGAAGCUGGUAUGAGGUUCUCGGCUUCUGCUUACAUUAUUAUUCUUCUUCAUAUUGAUGACCAUGAUUUCAGAAACUCCAAUCCUUCACAUAUGAAUAAACCCACCAUGCUAUGGAAAAAUCAUAAUUGCAGAUCAAAAGGUUAGGGAUGAAGAUGUUUUUUGUAUAUUUGAGUUCACACGUAAUAUCUACUUGCAUACUUACCAACAAUUACUCUACAUCGUUUGUCUUGCAUCAUGUGUC